CAGAAAAUUAAGUAAAGUCAUUAUAGGAAAGCUGUGUUAGUCCAUGGCAGGCAAAAGGCACUCAUUACAUGUGAUGAAAUGAUCUGUUAUCUCGCAGUCUUACGCCUACACAAUUCAUUAGUCUGGAAAGCCGUUACCAGAUUCCUUCUGGUGUUGGAGUCGAGUCACUAAGUCAUAAGCCAUUGAAGCCACACUUUGAAACAGAAGGUCGAGAGAAAACAGCCUCCGAAAUCCGCCAGAGCAGAGCGCGAUCGGUGACCUCACUCGCCAAGGCCACCCCCCCUAGGCUGCCCACGAGACCAGGAAGGGCGAAAAGGGGAGUUUGCGGACGGUCCCUGCGAGGUGGCCGGACAAGACCGAGGGAGCGCGUCAAGAGCAGGUCCGCUUUUGACGCUCCGGAGUACGGAUUUUGCAGAGAGCCCCUGAAAGCACCGAUUUCCCCGCCCUCGACGGCUCCUCCCCCUCCGUUUGCCGGCGCUUCGAGCCUCGGGAGCGGUCAAAAAGAGGAUAUAAAGGAGGCCGGAGGGACUCGUCGAGCGGCGCUCCUGGCCAACGGUUCACUCAUGCAGCGCCGUCGCCGAAGGGGGGGAGCCGCGCGGAAGCACCGGGGGAGCAAGUGAGGCAAGGAGGAACGACCCCCGCUGAUACGCCGCCGCCGCCGCCUUUCCCGAGUCAGCCGUCCCCUCAGUUGACUGCGCCGCCGCCAUCCGCCUCCCUCCUCUUUCUCCUUCUCGCCUCAGUCUGCUGGCCUGGAAGCGAGGCGAGGAGGGGGCGGACCAUGCGGUGGAAGCGGAGCCCUUGGAGGCCCUGGAGGCUUCCCCGGCGAUCGCUGCUGGCCGCUCUCUUCCUUUUCUCGCUCUCCUCCUCGUUCCUCUACUUCGUCUAUGCGGCGCCCGGCAUUGUGAACACCUACCUCUUCAUGGUGCAAGCCCAAGGUAUCAUGAUACGUGAAAAUAUGAGAACGAUAGGAGCCCAGGUUUAUGAACAGGUGGUCCGCAGUGCCUAUGCCAAGAGGAACAGCACUGGAAAUGACUCUGAUUAUCCUUUUGAUUUGAAUCACAGUGAAAACUUUCUGCAAACAACAACUUUCCUUCCUGAAGAUUUUACUUAUUUUCCAAAUCAUACUUGCCCUGAGAGGCUCCCUUCUAUGAAGGGGCCAACUGAUGUAAAUAUGAGUGAAAUCAGUAUGGAUGAGAUCCACCAGUUUUUCUCUCAAGACCCUACUAUCAAAUUAGGAGGUCAUUGGAAGCCUAGUGACUGCUUGCCUCGCUGGAAAGUGGCUAUUCUUAUUCCAUUCCGCAAUCGUUUUGAACAUUUGCCGGUUCUCUUUAGACAUCUUAUUCCAAUGCUGCAACGCCAACGUUUGCAAUUUGCAUUUUAUGUCAUUGAGCAAGCAGGGAAUCAGCCCUUUAAUCGUGCUAUGCUCUUUAAUGUUGGCUUUUGGGAAGCUAUGAAGGACUUGGACUGGGACUGUUUGAUCUUUCACGAUGUGGACCAUAUACCUGAGAAUGAUCGUAACUAUUAUGGGUGUGGACAGAUGCCAAGACAUUUUGCUGCUAAGUUGGAUAAGUACAUGUAUAUCCUUCCAUAUGCUGAAUUUUUUGGUGGAGUGAGUGGCUUGACUGUGGAACAGUUCAAAAAAAUCAACGGCUUUGCAAAUGCGUUCUGGGGCUGGGGUGGAGAGGAUGACGAUCUUUGGAACAGGGUUCACUAUGCAGGCUAUUUGGUUACUCGACCAGAAGGAGAUACAGGGAAAUACAAGUCAAUUCCCCAUCAUCAUAGAGGGGAAGUUCAGUUCUUAGGAAGAUAUGCACUGCUGAGGAAGUCCAAAGAGAGGCAAGAAUUGGAUGGCCUCAAUAAUUUGAACUAUUUUCCAAAUAUUACAUAUGAUUCUUUGUAUAAAAACAUAACUAUCAAUCUAUCACCAGAGCUGGCUCUGGUGAGUGAAUACUAAGAGAAUAUGAGAAGAGAAUGUCAAGAGAUGGUUUUAUAGAUGUCUCCUGGACAAAAAUAAUCUUGUGUCUAAUGAAGGAUCACAGUAUUUUGAAGAAUAAUUUUCAAAAAUACGCACAGAGAUCAUCAGAGUGUAGACAUAUUCACACUGUCAGUGAGUUUGGACUUGACUUGCUUUUUGAUUUCGUUUUAAAAAGAACAAUGGUGUGACCUGCUGCUUUUGUCCCAGCAUUCCAUUUCUUUAAGCAAUCUCCAGUAACAAAUAGAGAUUGAAUGUGCUUUCCUGCUGAUAAAACCAGUUUGGCUAAAAAAAAUAAUAAUAAUAAUCUUGGAUUCUUGACGUAGGGUGCUGGAAGCUAUCCUGUAAGCUAUGAUCAUUAUUGGAGAUGAACUGCCACCUAACAGUGACUCCAUUCUUUUGCAUUUGUGUUUGCAUUGGUUUUCUAAUUGACUUGCUUGAAGGAAAAAAGAUAUAUAUAUCUAUCUAUCUAUAUAUAUAUAUAUCUAUAUAUACACAAAAUCACUUCUUAAAGAAGUAUAGAUGUAGAUAAGCUGUAUAAAUUACUUUCCUUUAUUUUUUAAAAAACACAGUUCAAAACUGAAGCUGAAGGUUUACAACUUAGCAUAACUCAAGUAAGCCCUCAAUUGCAAGCACUUCAGUACAUCAGGAUGACACUCAUGCAAGUAAUUCUCUUCAGGGCUAUUUAAGCAGUUAUUUGUGGGAUUGAGACUUUGUCAUUUCAUUGGUUAGUUUGGAAACAAUACUAGUGUUUAUUGGAGAAGGAAAGUUAAUUUUAUUCAUGAAAGUGCAAAAGCCAAUUGCAUUUUGGGGAAUUGCAUAGUCUUUCUGGAUUGUUGAUUUUGUUUUGUUUUUUGUGACCCACUGCAUUUUAUCUCCAUAUUCCAAACAGACAGCAUAACAUCAGAGAAAAUAUCUCCCUGUUUCAUCUUUGUAAAGGACAAAAAGUCUCCGGAGAGUUAACCAAGUUUCCACUUUGUUUGGUUAAAGUUUGCAAAUCAUUCAGUCUGUUGUUGGAAAAGUCUAUACUGAUUUCUGUAACUUUAAUGGAGGGGAAUAUGAAUAAUAUUUUGAUAUAUUUAUUGUGUAAAUGAAAUUGAACUAAUAUAGACUAAAACUGUAGGUUGAAGUUCUUGGGUAUGAUUAUUAACCAGAGAAAACAUUGCACAAGUACUGGGAUAAAUGUAUCCAGACUCCAACUCUUAAUUAAAAGAAUGAAGGGCAUUGAGAUUAGUUUUUUAAAAAAUGUGAAUAUCAGGCAGAAUUGGUUGGUCCAUAAUCUCUAUCUAGUUUUCAUUUUAACCUACCAUAAUAGGUUUGUGCCUUUGUUUUGUUUUGUUUUUCUGGUUUAAAACCAGUCCCAUCUGUUUAUAUAGCAUGUACAGACUUUUUUAAACCGGGGUAUUUACUCUGGUAAAACAAAUUGUUCUUUAAUAUAUAUUUAUAGACAGAGUUUAAUGUGAAAAGUACUUUAAUCUCUUUGAUUGCAUUUUUGCCUUCAGUUGCUUUAACUUGUAUAGGUGUUGUUUUUUUUAAGAUAUUGGGUUUGGUAGAUAUAUGACCCCCCAUAGAUAACUGUUGUGGAGGUGAUUAACCAGACCUAUUUUCUUGGAUCUUGAGGGUUAUGAAGAGGUGUGUGUUUGUGUGUGAGAGAGAAAGCACAUGUGUGCAUCUUAUCAGCUGAUGAUGAAAGUACAGUUGGUCUGUUCUUGAAUUUGCUGAUAAGUAGGCUUUAAAAUGUUUCAUAAUAAAACCUUUAUGGUUGCUGCAGAGGUAAUAACUUAGCUUUUAUUCUUUUAAUGGCACAUGAAGCAAUAAAGACUUCUGCAUUUUGAUAAUUUUCAGUUGUGAAUAAUUCAUAUAUAUUUUUUUCUUUUCUUUUUUUUUAAAACUUGGAAGUCUAGUAGAAAUUAACAUUUUAUUUAAUGGUGCUUCAGUUGAAAAUGUGUUUCAUCUGUCUUAAUUCACCUUGACAUUUCCAAACAGCUAUUUGGCAGUGAUGCCCUGCCUCACACUUACACACACACAAACACUUUAAAAAUAGAUUGUGCAUCCUUCUACUACACCCUCUAAAUUACCUCUGCUAAGAAAUGCACUUGUUGAAGAUGGUGUGAAAGAGUCAGUUUUACUUCUUAAUAGUUCUGGAUUGAUUCCCCCCCCCCCCAAAAAAAACUUAUUUUCUUGCCCUUCCUUUAAAAGUGUGGAAUAUCUUUUAAAUGUGCACUGUUGCUCUUAUCAGAUAAAUCAGCUAUUGUAUGGUAAAUGUACUUGUUGGAAACAUAACUGUCAAGCUCAUGUGUUGUUACGGUGUUUUUAAAAAUCAUUUAAAAUGUGUACAUUAAUAGCUGACAUUUCAACAGAGUGCUCCCCAUUUCCAUCAGCACCGUCAGCUAAUAUUGCUAAGGGAUAGAAUGCUAUCAUUACAAAAAUGUAUGUUUUAUAUGAGCCGUGUGGAUCUUUAUUUGCUAAAACCUCUUCUUUUUUUUGUAAAAACUGUUUUAUAAUCAGUUUAACAUCUGAGCAACCACUGUGCAUUGCCAAACAUCUACUGUCAAAGAUAGAAUUGAAUCAUAUGUAAUUUCUUUCUUUCUGUUGUUUUGAGCUUCUCUGUGUUUUCUAUGAAGCUCCAGGGGUAUAUUUUUGCACUGAAAUCUAGUGUUAAAACACACAAUUUUCAGCAAAGCAAUUCAUUGUAUCAUUGCAUUUAUUCACCUGUGUGUUUGUACAUUUUUGUAUUUGUUAACUUAUGAGUGAUUUUUUUCAGUAAAAAGAAUACAUAUUCAAGAA